AUGAUUGCCGGCCCCGGGGAGGAUCGGCCGGGCUCUCCCAAGGGUGUCCGACGCCAGGUCAAGGCGUUGAGGUACACUCGAUACGCUGCGAGUAGAUUCGCGUCGUCAUGGAGGACUGUGAUAAUCCUGAUCAUGGCGCUCAUCGGGACCGCACGAGCAGGCACGCUGCUGGAGAAGCUCGUGUCCCGAUCUGGCAUGGUCGGUUUAGGCAACUAUAAGUACUAUAAGUUGCAUCUGCGCUGCACGGAGGCGGCGCAGGCGGUGACGUUCAGGCUCCAUGCACUGGACGGCAACCCUGAUCUGUACAUCUCGAAGACUUUGAGGAACCCGACCAGAAGUCAUGGGUAUCACUCGUGGAAGUCCGAGGAGACGGGGCUCAAGGAGGACGUCAUCGUGAUCGAACGUCCUGAGGCUGGAACGUACUACAUCGCGGUUUACGGCGCGGCCACCGCGACAUUCAAGGUGACCGCGUUCACCAAGAUGUGGACCGGCAAGCAUCCGUGCACAGGGUUCAGGAUAGAGGACAACGAUACAGAGGAGGAGAACACCGACGGAUCCUUCCUGCUGGAGAACAAGAUGACGGUCACGGGAGGGGUGAACUUUGAGUCCAAUAUGAACGUAUUGCAGGAUGUCACGCUGGGCGACAGCCAGACGGACACAAUAUCGAUCAAGGGUCAGGUUCAGCUCGGCACCGCGAGUCCCGGCGAGUACAUCAUCCACAAGGCAGAUACCGUAAACGUCACAGGUGGGACGCUCGUGUUGAGAGGAGCCAACACCAUGGGCGCAAAUGCCGGUAAUGUCACGCUCAUGGCUGGUCUCGGCACGCAGGGGCGAGGAGGAAGCAUGAACCUCUUUGCCGGUGCCGCAAACUAUGCCGACGCCGGGGACCUGACCAUCGGGACUGGCCGCGCGCUGGAGGGCCGCGCAGGUAAUCUGACCAUCUUCGUGAGCCGUGGCGACGUGGGCGUGGGCGGAAACGUGACCGUGAAAGCGGGUUUAACCUCCGAUGAGGAUAUGCCCGGAGGAAGCGUCAACAUCGCCGCAGGCAUUGGUGCAAACAGCACUGGCGGAAGGGGUGGUGUGAUUAAGAUUGACGGCGGAUUGGCCCAAGGGAACAAAAGUUGCGACUUAACAGACUACGUUUGCUCCGGAAUCGCAGUCAACGUGGCGGUAUACGAGGCCGUCCUCCACGGCUGCACGAGUGACUUUUCUACGAUGACGAGUGUCGAAAAUGUCACCUACCUGUGCGGCACCAUGCAAGUCAGCUCUGAGCAAUAUUUUGCAGUUCUCGGCGGGUGCACCCAGAAAUGCUUGGGUGGCGCUGUCGAGGUGAGCGGCGGUCUGUCGUCGGGCGGCGUGGGCGGCGCGGUGGUCGUGACGGGCGGUGCGACGAGCAGCACCGACCCGUACGCUCGCGGCGGUAACGUGGAGGUCCGUGGUGGCACAGCUGCACUUGGCAGCGGUGGCGCAGUUUUGUUGUCAAGCGGCCGCAGCGCGCAGCGCUCAAGUGGUGAGGUGCUGGUGCGUACGGAGACGAGCGGCAACGACGGCGUGAGCGGCGAGAUCAGCGUCGAGACCGGUGCGUCCGCGGUCGGAGACAGCGGCGGGAUCACGCUGGCCACGGGGUCGGCGAUGACCGGCGCUGGCGGGGACGUGAACCUGCUGGUGGGAUCUGGCGACACCGAGAACGGCGGAGCUGUGGUGAUAAAAGCUGGCGAGAGCCACGCCGACUCGAAGAAGGGCGGCGGUGUGUUCAUCACAUCUGGCGCCGGCACGAGCGCCCAGGAAGGCUCUGGCGGCGAGCUCGUCAUGAUGGCGGGCAACGCUGAGGGCAGCUUGGCUGGCGACGGAGGCCGAGUUGAAAUCAGAGGUGGCAAGGCCGUUGGUGGCAGGGGUGGCGACGUGGCGGUGUCUGGUGGCAACAGCUACUCGGGCGACGGCGGCGCGCUGAUCCUGCAGGGCGGCUCGUCCGAAACCGGCACCGGCGGCGACGUGAUCCUCGACGCGGGCGAGAGCGGCACCCACGAGGAGUCCAAGGAGGGCAUGAUUCGCAUUGCUCCCACAAGUGCAUCCUACGUCAGGAUUGGCCGCAGCGGAUCCAAGACUGUGCGCACAGAUGUUUUUGGUGAUCUGACUGUGCACGGCAGCUUCGUGUCGACAAACAGCAUGGUGUUCCAGGACACGUACGCAGAGCGCGUGCACGUGAGCCAAGAGCAGGACCUGGUCAUCCAGGAAGAGACGCGUGUGCCAAAGAUCACGGGUCUGGACUCCGAAGAUGUGUCUGCUACCCCCACGAGCACGCUGACUCUUGACGCGGGCCAGGGCGGCAGUGACCAGUGGAUUGAGAUCGGUCCUUGGGAGGCUGAGUACAUCACCAUCGGUGGCAAGAACAACAAUGCCUCCCACGGUGCCCGCGACCAGUCUGCGCUGCUCCUGAGACAGGGCUACGACGAGGCUGACAAGCGCCUGCAGAUGAACCGCACAGGAGCAAUCCUGAUGCAGGCUGCGGCGUCCAUGCCAAUUCUGAUCCACACCAACCCGACGCGCGGUACCAAUAACACCGGCGGCGACAUCAACAUGCUGGUCGGGUCCGGCGACACCGGGCACGGCGGCAACAUGACGCUGACGUCCGGCGACACCGUGGACGCUCGCCACAGAGGAGGCUUCCUGACACUCACGGCUGGUGGAAACAACAACACCGUGGGUGGCCGGGGCGGAGUGGUGAAGGUGACCGGUGGUUUUGCUGGUGGCACGACCGACUGCGAUCUGGACUACUACGAGUGCGGCGGCCUGAACAUCACUGCGGCGAUGCACGAGGCUGUGCUGCACAGCUGCUCGACUAUCAAUGCUACGCAUUUCCUGUGCAACUCGACUUUUGUUUCUUCUGACCAGCGCACUGCUGUGCUUGGAGGGUGCACCCAGAAAUGCUUGGGUGGCGCUGUCGAGGUGAGCGGCGGUCUGUCGUCGGGCGGCGUGGGCGGCGCGGUGGUCGUGACGGGCGGUGCGACGAGCAGCACCGACUCGCAAGGCCGCGGCGGUAAUGUGGAAAUCCGCGGCGGAUCGUCAAGCGCUGGGGAGGGUGGCUCUCUGCUGUUGACCGGCGGAUUUUCGGAUCUCAGUACUGGCGGUGAUGUGAUUGUUGAUGCGGGUUUCAGUGGCACGUCGAAUACUACGAAGGAAGGUCUAAUUCGCGUCGCACCGACCAGGGCGACGAUUGUUACCGUUGGCAGCUUUGAGAACAUCGUCCCUACGGAGUUCUAUGGCGACGUCACGGUAUACGGCAGACUUGCUUCAACCCCACCAGGUGGAGGAGACCUUACGUUGACAGCCGGUAACAACGAUGAUACCGUCAAUGGUAAGGGAGGAUCCGCUAAGAUAGCUGGCGGUUAUAGCAUGGCAACUCUUGACUGUGACCUGACGAUCUACGACUGUGACGGCCUGAACAUCACUGUGGCGAUGUAUGAGGCUGUGCUGCACGGCUGCACGGCCGACGCUGGCACCGCGGCUUCUUCGGCAUUCCUUUGCGGCACCAUGGAGGUGACCGCAGCUCAGCGCACUGCUGUGCUUGGAGGGUGCACUCAGAAAUGCUUGGGUGGCGCUGUCGAGUUGAGCGGCGGUGCGGCACAGGGCGGCGUGGGCGGCGCGGUGGUCGUGACGGGCGGUGCGACGAACAGCACUAACCCGUACGCUCGCGGCGGUCAUGUUGAGGUCCGUGGUGGCACAGCUGCACUUGGCAGCGGUGGCGCAGUUUUGUUGUCGAGCGGCCGCAGCGCGCAGCGCUCAAGUGGUGAGGUGCUGGUGCGUACGGAGACGAGCGGCAACGACGGCGUGAGCGGCGAGAUCAGCGUCGAGACCGGUGCGUCCGCGGUCGGAGACAGCGGCGGGAUCACGCUGGCCACGGGGUCGGCGAUGACCGGCGCUGGCGGGGACGUGAACCUGCUGGUGGGAUCUGGCGACACCGAGAACGGCGGAGCUGUGGUGAUAAAAGCUGGCGAGAGCCACGCCGACUCGAAGAAGGGCGGCGGUGUGUUCAUCACAUCUGGCGCCGGCACGAGCGCCCAGGAAGGCUCUGGCGGCGAGCUCGUCAUGAUGGCGGGCAACGCUGAGGGCAGCUUGGCUGGCGACGGAGGCCGAGUUGAAAUCAGAGGUGGCAAGGCCGUUGGUGGCAGGGGUGGCGACGUGGCGGUGUCUGGUGGCAACAGCUACUCGGGCGACGGCGGCGCGCUGAUCCUGCAGGGCGGCUCGUCCGAAACCGGCACCGGCGGCGACGUGAUCCUCGACGCGGGCGAGAGCGGCACCCACGAGGAGUCCAAGGAGGGCAUGAUUCGCAUUGCUCCCACAAGUGCAUCCUACGUCAGGAUUGGCCGCAGCGGAUCCAAGACUGUGCGCACAGAUGUUUUUGGUGAUCUGACUGUGCACGGCAGCUUCGUGUCGACAAACAGCAUGGUGUUCCAGGACACGUACGCAGAGCGCGUGCACGUGAGCCAAGAGCAGGACCUGGUCAUCCAGGAAGAGACGCGUGUGCCAAAGAUCACGGGUCUGGACUCCGAAGAUGUGUCUGCUACCCCCACGAGCACGCUGACUCUUGACGCGGGCCAGGGCGGCAGUGACCAGUGGAUUGAGAUCGGUCCUUGGGAGGCUGAGUACAUCACCAUCGGUGGCAAGAACAACAAUGCCUCCCACGGUGCCCGCGACCAGUCUGCGCUGCUCCUGAGACAGGGCUACGACGAGGCUGACAAGCGCCUGCAGAUGAACCGCACAGGAGCAAUCCUGAUGCAGGCUGCGGCGUCCAUGCCAAUUCUGAUCCACACCAACCCGACGCGCGGUACCAAUAACACCGGCGGCGACAUCAACAUGCUGGUCGGGUCCGGCGACACCGGGCACGGCGGCAACAUGACGCUGACGUCCGGCGACACCGUGGACGCUCGCCACAGAGGAGGCUUCCUGACACUCACGGCUGGUGGAAACAACAACACCGUGGGUGGCCGGGGCGGAGUGGUGAAGGUGACCGGCGGUUUUGCUGGUGGCACGACCGACUGCGAUCUGGACUACUACGAGUGCGGCGGCCUGAACAUCACUGUGGCGAUGUACGAGGCUGUGCUGCACGGCUGCACGGCCGACGCUGGCACCGCGGCUUCUUCGGCAUUCCUUUGCGGCACCAUGGAGGUGACCGCAGCUCAGCGCACUGCUGUGCUUGGAGGGUGCACCCAGAAAUGCUUGGGUGGCGCUGUCGAGGUGAGCGGCGGUCUGUCGUCGGGCGGCGUUGGCGGCGCGGUGGUCGUGACGGGCGGUGCGACGAGCAGCACCGACCCGUACGCUCGCGGCGGUAACGUGGAGGUCCGUGGUGGCACAGCUGCACUUGGCAGCGGUGGCGCAGUUUUGUUGUCGAGCGGCCGCAGCGCGCAGCGCUCAAGUGGUGAGGUGCUGGUGCGUACGGAGACGAGCGGCAACGACGGCGUGAGCGGCGAGAUCAGCGUCGAGACCGGUGCAUCCGCGGUCGGAGACAGCGGCGGGAUCACGCUGGCCACGGGGUCGGCGAUGACCGGCGCUGGCGGGGACGUGAACCUGCUGGUGGGAUGUGGCGACACCGAGAACGGCGGAGCUGUGGUGAUAAAAGCUGGCGAGAGCCACGCCGACUCGAAGAAGGGCGGCGGUGUGUUCAUCACAUCUGGCGCCGGCACGAGCGCCCAGGAAGGCUCUGGCGGCGAGCUCGUCAUGAUGGCGGGCAACGCUGAGGGCAGCUCGGCUGGCGACGGAGGCCGAGUUGAAAUCAGAGGUGGCAAGGCCGUUGGUGGCAGGGGUGGCGACGUGGCGGUGUCUGGUGGCAACAGCUACUCGGGCGACGGCGGCGCGCUGAUCCUGCAGGGCGGCUCGUCCGAAACCGGCACCGGCGGCGACGUGAUCCUCGACGCGGGCGAGAGCGGCACCCACGAGGAGUCCAAGGAGGGCAUGAUUCGCAUUGCUCCCACAAGUGCAUCCUACGUCAGGAUUGGCCGCAGCGGAUCCAAGACUGUGCGCACAGAUGUUUUUGGUGAUCUGACUGUGCACGGCAGCUUCGUGUCGACAAACAGCAUGGUGUUCCAGGACACGUACGCAGAGCGCGUGCACGUGAGCCAAGAGCAGGACCUGGUCAUCCAGGAAGAGACGCGUGUGCCAAAGAUCACGGGUCUGGACUCCGAAGAUGUGUCUGCUACCCCCACGAGCACGCUGACUCUUGACGCGGGCCAGGGCGGCAGUGACCAGUGGAUUGAGAUCGGUCCUUGGGAGGCUGAGUACAUCACCAUCGGUGGCAAGAACAACAAUGCCUCCCACGGUGCCCGCGACCAGUCUGCGCUGCUCCUGAGACAGGGCUACGAUGAGGCUGACAAGCGCCUGCAGAUGAACCGCACAGGAGCAAUCCUGAUGCAGGCUGCGGCGUCCAUGCCAAUUCUGAUCCACACCAACCCGACGCGCGGUACCAAUAACACCGGCGGCGACAUCAACAUGCUGGUCGGGUCCGGCGACACCGGGCACGGCGGCAACAUGACGCUGACGUCCGGCGACACCGUGGACGCUCGCCACAGAGGAGGCUUCCUGACACUCACGGCUGGUGGAAACAACAACACCGUGGGUGGCCGGGGCGGAGUGGUGAAGGUGACCGGCGGUUUUGCUGGUGGCACGACCGACUGCGAUCUGGACUACUACGAGUGCGGCGGCCUGAACGUCACUGUGGCGAUGUACGAGGCUGUGCUGCACGGCUGCACGACUAAGAACUCCACGCAUUUCCUGUGCAGCUCGCUCGAUGUAUCUUCUGACCAGCGCACUGCUGUGCUUGGAGGUUGCACCCAGAAAUGCUUGGGUGGCGCUGUCGAGGUGAGCGGCGGUCUGUCGUCGGGCGGCGUUGGCGGCGCGGUGGUCGUGACGGGCGGUGCGACGAGCAGCACUGACUCGCAAGGCCGCGGCGGUAAUGUGGAGAUCCGCGGCGGAUCGUCAAGCGCUGGGGAGGGUGGCUCUCUGCUGUUGACCGGCGGAUUUUCGGAUCUCAGUACUGGCGGUGAUGUGAUUGUUGAUGCGGGUUUCAGUGGCACGGCAAAUACUUCAAUGGAGGGUCUAAUUCGCGUCGCACCGACGCGGGCUACGAUCGUCACCAUCGGCAGCACUGAGCACAUCGUCCCUACAGAGUUCUUCGGCGACGUCACGGUAUACGGCAGACUGACUUCAACCCCACCAGCUGGAGGCGAUCUGACGUUGACAGCUGGUGACAACGAUGACACCGUCAAUGGUAAAGGAGGAUCCGCUAAGAUAGCUGGCGGUUAUAGCAUGGCCACUUCUGACUGUGACCUGACGAUCUACGACUGCGGCGGCCUGAACAUCACUGUGGCGAUGUACGAGGCUGUGCUGCACGGCUGCACGGCCGACGCUGGCACCGCGGCUUCUUCGGCAUUCCUUUGCGGCACCAUGGAGGUGACCGCAGCUCAGCGCACUGCUGUGCUUGGAGGGUGCACUCAGAAAUGCUUGGGUGGCGCUGUCGAGUUGAGCGGCGGUGCGGCACAGGGCGGCGUUGGCGGCGCGGUGGUCGUGACGGGCGGUGCGACGAACAGCACUAACCCGUACGCUCGCGGCGGUCAUGUUGAGGUCCGUGGUGGCACAGCUGCACUUGGCAGCGGUGGCGCAGUUUUGUUGUCGAGCGGCCGCAGCGCGCAGCGCUCAAGUGGUGAGGUGCUGGUGCGUACGGAGACGAGCGGCAACGACGGCGUGAGCGGCGAGAUCAGCGUCGAGACCGGUGCAUCCGCGGUCGGAGACAGCGGCGGGAUCACGCUGGCCACGGGGUCGGCGAUGACCGGCGCUGGCGGGGACGUGAACCUGCUGGUGGGAUCUGGCGACACCGAGAACGGCGGAGCUGUGGUGAUAAAAGCUGGCGAGAGCCACGCCGACUCGAAGAAGGGCGGCGGUGUGUUCAUCACAUCUGGCGCCGGCACGAGCGCCCAGGAAGGCUCUGGCGGCGAGCUCGUCAUGAUGGCGGGCAACGCUGAGGGCAGCUUGGCUGGCGACGGAGGCCGAGUUGAAAUCAGAGGUGGCAAGGCCGUUGGUGGCAGGGGUGGCGACGUGGCGGUGUCUGGUGGCAACAGCUACUCGGGCGACGGCGGCGCGCUGAUCCUGCAGGGCGGCUCGUCCGAAACCGGCACCGGCGGCGACGUGAUCCUCGACGCGGGCGAGAGCGGCACCCACGAGGAGUCCAAGGAGGGCAUGAUUCGCAUUGCUCCCACAAGUGCAUCCUACGUCAGGAUUGGCCGCAGCGGAUCCAAGACUGUGCGCACAGAUGUUUUUGGUGAUCUGACUGUGCACGGCAGCUUCGUGUCGACAAACAGCAUGGUGUUCCAGGACACGUACGCAGAGCGCGUGCACGUGAGCCAAGAGCAGGACCUGGUCAUCCAGGAAGAGACGCGUGUGCCAAAGAUCACGGGUCUGGACUCCGAAGAUGCGUCUGCUACCCCCACGAGCACGCUGACUCUUGACGCGGGCCAGGGCGGCAGUGACCAGUGGAUUGAGAUCGGUCCUUGGGAGGCUGAGUACAUCACCAUCGGUGGCAAGAACAACAAUGCCUCCCACGGUGCCCGCGACCAGUCUGCGCUGCUCCUGAGACAGGGCUACGAUGAGGCUGACAAGCGCCUGCAGAUGAACCGCACAGGAGCAAUCCUGAUGCAGGCUGCGGCGUCCAUGCCAAUUCUGAUCCACACCAACCCGACGCGCGGUACCAAUAACACCGGCGGCGACAUCAACAUGCUGGUCGGGUCCGGCGACACCGGGCACGGCGGCAACAUGACGCUGACGUCCGGCGACACCGUGGACGCUCGCCACAGAGGAGGCUUCCUGACACUCACGGCUGGUGGAAACAACAACACCGUGGGUGGCCAGGGCGGAGUGGUGAAGGUGACCGGCGGUUUUGCUGGUGGCACGACCGACUGCGAUCUGGACUACUACGAGUGCGGCGGCCUGAACAUCACCGUGGCGAUGUACGAGGCUGUGCUGCACGGCUGCACGGCCGACGCUGGCACCGCGGCUUCUUCGGCAUUCCUUUGCGGCACCAUGGAGGUGACCGCAGCUCAGCGCACUGCUGUGCUUGGAGGGUGCACCCAGAAAUGCUUGGGUGGCGCUGUCGAGGUGAGCGGCGGUCUGUCGUCGGGCGGCGUGGGCGGCGCGGUGGUCGUGACGGGCGGUGCGACGAGCAGCACCGACCCGUACGCUCGCGGCGGUAACGUGGAGGUCCGUGGUGGCACAGCUGCACUUGGCAGCGGUGGCGCAGUUUUGUUGUCGAGCGGCCGCAGCGCGCAGCGCUCAAGUGGUGAGGUGCUGGUGCGUACGGAGACGAGCGGCAACGACGGCGUGAGCGGCGAGAUCAGCGUCGAGACCGGUGCAUCCGCGGUCGGAGACAGCGGCGGGAUCACGCUGGCCACGGGGUCGGCGAUGACCGGCGCUGGCGGGGACGUGAACCUGCUGGUGGGAUCUGGCGACACCGAGAACGGCGGAGCUGUGGUGAUAAAAGCUGGCGAGAGCCACGCCGACUCGAAGAAGGGCGGCGGUGUGUUCAUCACAUCUGGCGCCGGCACGAGCGCCCAGGAAGGCUCUGGCGGCGAGCUCGUCAUGAUGGCGGGCAACGCUGAGGGCAGCUUGGCUGGCGACGGAGGCCGAGUUGAAAUCAGAGGUGGCAAGGCCGUUGGUGGCAGGGGUGGCGACGUGGCGGUGUCUGGUGGCAACAGCUACUCGGGCGACGGCGGCGCGCUGAUCCUGCAGGGCGGCUCGUCCGAAACCGGCACCGGCGGCGACGUGAUCCUCGACGCGGGCGAGAGCGGCACCCACGAGGAGUCCAAGGAGGGCAUGAUUCGCAUUGCUCCCACAAGUGCAUCCUACGUCAGGAUUGGCCGCAGCGGAUCCAAGACUGUGCGCACAGAUGUUUUUGGUGAUCUGACUGUGCACGGCAGCUUCGUGUCGACAAACAGCAUGGUGUUCCAGGACACGUACGCAGAGCGCGUGCACGUGAGCCAAGAGCAGGACCUGGUCAUCCAGGAAGAGACGCGUGUGCCAAAGAUCACGGGUCUGGACUCCGAAGAUGUGUCUGCUACCCCCACGAGCACGCUGACUCUUGACGCGGGCCAGGGCGGCAGUGACCAGUGGAUUGAGAUCGGUCCUUGGGAGGCUGAGUACAUCACCAUCGGUGGCAAGAACAACAAUGCCUCCCACGGUGCCCGCGACCAGUCUGCGCUGCUCCUGAGACAGGGCUACGACGAGGCUGACAAGCGCCUGCAGAUGAACCGCACAGGAGCAAUCCUGAUGCAGGCUGCGGCGUCCAUGCCAAUUCUGAUCCACACCAACCCGACGCGCGGUACCAAUAACACCGGCGGCGACAUCAACAUGCUGGUCGGGUCCGGCGACACCGGGCACGGCGGCAACAUGACGCUGACGUCCGGCGACACCGUGGACGCUCGCCACAGAGGAGGCUUCCUGACACUCACGGCUGGUGGAAACAACAACACCGUGGGUGGCCGGGGCGGAGUGGUGAAGGUGACCGGCGGUUUUGCUGGUGGCACGACCGACUGCGAUCUGGACUACUACGAGUGCGGCGGCCUGAACAUCACUGUGGCGAUGUACGAGGCUGUGCUGCACGGCUGCACGGCCGACGCUGGCACCGCGGCUUCUUCGGCAUUCCUUUGCGGCACCAUGGAGGUGACCGCAGCUCAGCGCACUGCUGUGCUUGGAGGGUGCACCCAGAAAUGCUUGGGUGGCGCUGUCGAGGUGAGCGGCGGUCUGUCGUCGGGCGGCGUUGGCGGCGCGGUGGUCGUGACGGGCGGUGCGACGAGCAGCACCGACCCGUACGCUCGCGGCGGUAACGUGGAGGUCCGUGGUGGCACAGCUGCACUUGGCAGCGGUGGCGCAGUUUUGUUGUCGAGCGGCCGCAGCGCGCAGCGCUCAAGUGGUGAGGUGCUGGUGCGUACGGAGACGAGCGGCAACGACGGCGUGAGCGGCGAGAUCAGCGUCGAGACCGGUGCGUCCGCGGUCGGAGACAGCGGCGGGAUCACGCUGGCCACGGGGUCGGCGAUGACCGGCGCUGGCGGGGACGUGAACCUGCUGGUGGGAUCUGGCGACACCGAGAACGGCGGAGCUGUGGUGAUAAAAGCUGGCGAGAGCCACGCCGACUCGAAGAAGGGCGGCGGUGUGUUCAUCACAUCUGGCGCCGGCACGAGCGCCCAGGAAGGCUCUGGCGGCGAGCUCGUCAUGAUGGCGGGCAACGCUGAGGGCAGCUUGGCUGGCGACGGAGGCCGAGUUGAAAUCAGAGGUGGCAAGGCCGUUGGUGGCAGGGGUGGCGACGUGGCGGUGUCUGGUGGCAACAGCUACUCGGGCGACGGCGGCGCGCUGAUCCUGCAGGGCGGCUCGUCCGAAACCGGCACCGGCGGCGACGUGAUCCUCGACGCGGGCGAGAGCGGCACCCACGAGGAGUCCAAGGAGGGCAUGAUUCGCAUUGCUCCCACAAGUGCAUCCUACGUCAGGAUUGGCCGCAGCGGAUCCAAGACUGUGCGCACAGAUGUUUUUGGUGAUCUGACUGUGCACGGCAGCUUCGUGUCGACAAACAGCAUGGUGUUCCAGGACACGUACGCAGAGCGCGUGCACGUGAGCCAAGAGCAGGACCUGGUCAUCCAGGAAGAGACGCGUGUGCCAAAGAUCACGGGUCUGGACUCCGAAGAUGUGUCUGCUACCCCCACGAGCACGCUGACUCUUGACGCGGGCCAGGGCGGCAGUGACCAGUGGAUUGAGAUCGGUCCUUGGGAGGCUGAGUACAUCACCAUCGGUGGCAAGAACAACAAUGCCUCCCACGGUGCCCGCGACCAGUCUGCGCUGCUCCUGAGACAGGGCUACGAUGAGGCUGACAAGCGCCUGCAGAUGAACCGCACAGGAGCAAUCCUGAUGCAGGCUGCGGCGUCCAUGCCAAUUCUGAUCCACACCAACCCGACGCGCGGUACCAAUAACACCGGCGGCGACAUCAACAUGCUGGUCGGGUCCGGCGACACCGGGCACGGCGGCAACAUGACGCUGACGUCCGGCGACACCGUGGACGCUCGCCACAGAGGAGGCUUCCUGACACUCACGGCUGGUGGAAACAACAACACCGUGGGUGGCCGGGGCGGAGUGGUGAAGGUGACCGGUGGUUUUGCUGGUGGCACGACCGACUGCGAUCUGGACUACUACGAGUGCGGCGGCCUGAACAUCACUGUGGCGAUGUACGAGGCUGUGCUGCACGGCUGCACGGCCGACGCUGGCACCGCGGCUUCUUCGGCAUUCCUUUGCGGCACCAUGGAGGUGACCGCAGCUCAGCGCACUGCUGUGCUUGGAGGGUGCACCCAGAAAUGCUUGGGUGGCGCUGUCGAGGUGAGCGGCGGUCUGUCGUCGGGCGGCGUGGGCGGCGCGGUGGUCGUGACGGGCGGUGCGACGAGCAGCACCGACCCGUACGCUCGCGGCGGUAACGUGGAGGUCCGUGGUGGCACAGCUGCACUUGGCAGCGGUGGCGCAGUUUUGUUGUCGAGCGGCCGCAGCGCGCAGCGCUCAAGUGGUGAGGUGCUGGUGCGUACGGAGACGAGCGGCAACGACGGCGUGAGCGGCGAGAUCAGCGUCGAGACCGGUGCAUCCGCGGUCGGAGACAGCGGCGGGAUCACGCUGGCCACGGGGUCGGCGAUGACCGGCGCUGGCGGGGACGUGAACCUGCUGGUGGGAUCUGGCGACACCGAGAACGGCGGAGCUGUGGUGAUAAAAGCUGGCGAGAGCCACGCCGACUCGAAGAAGGGCGGCGGUGUGUUCAUCACAUCUGGCGCCGGCACGAGCGCCCAGGAAGGCUCUGGCGGCGAGCUCGUCAUGAUGGCGGGCAACGCUGAGGGCAGCUUGGCUGGCGACGGAGGCCGAGUUGAAAUCAGAGGUGGCAAGGCCGUUGGUGGCAGGGGUGGCGACGUGGCGGUGUCUGGUGGCAACAGCUACUCGGGCGACGGCGGCGCGCUGAUCCUGCAGGGCGGCUCGUCCGAAACCGGCACCGGCGGCGACGUGAUCCUCGACGCGGGCGAGAGCGGCACCCACGAGGAGUCCAAGGAGGGCAUGAUUCGCAUUGCUCCCACAAGUGCAUCCUACGUCAGGAUUGGCCGCAGCGGAUCCAAGACUGUGCGCACAGAUGUUUUUGGUGAUCUGACUGUGCACGGCAGCUUCGUGUCGACAAACAGCAUGGUGUUCCAGGACACGUACGCAGAGCGCGUGCACGUGAGCCAAGAGCAGGACCUGGUCAUCCAGGAAGAGACGCGUGUGCCAAAGAUCACGGGUCUGGACUCCGAAGAUGUGUCUGCUACCCCCACGAGCACGCUGACUCUUGACGCGGGCCAGGGCGGCAGUGACCAGUGGAUUGAGAUCGGUCCUUGGGAGGCUGAGUACAUCACCAUCGGUGGCAAGAACAACAAUGCCUCCCACGGUGCCCGCGACCAGUCUGCGCUGCUCCUGAGACAGGGCUACGACGAGGCUGACAAGCGCCUGCAGAUGAACCGCACAGGAGCAAUCCUGAUGCAGGCUGCGGCGUCCAUGCCAAUUCUGAUCCACACCAACCCGACGCGCGGUACCAAUAACACCGGCGGCGACAUCAACAUGCUGGUCGGGUCCGGCGACACCGGGCACGGCGGCAACAUGACGCUGACGUCCGGCGACACCGUGGACGCUCGCCACAGAGGAGGCUUCCUGACACUCACGGCUGGUGGAAACAACAACACCGUGGGUGGCCGGGGCGGAGUGGUGAAGGUGACCGGCGGUUUUGCUGGUGGCACGACCGACUGCGAUCUGGACUACUACGAGUGCGGUGGCCUGAACAUCACUGUGGCGAUGUACGAGGCUGUGCUGCACGGCUGCACGGCCGACGCUGGCACCGCGGCUUCUUCGGCAUUCCUUUGCGGCACCAUGGAGGUGACCGCAGCUCAGCGCACUGCUGUGCUUGGAGGGUGCACCCAGAAAUGCUUGGGUGGCGCUGUCGAGGUGAGCGGCGGUGCGGCACAGGGCGGUGUGGGCGGCGCGGUGGUCGUGACGGGCGGUGCGACGAGCAGCACCGACCCGUACGCUCGCGGCGGUAACGUGGAGGUCCGUGGUGGCACAGCUGCACUUGGCAGCGGUGGCGCAGUUUUGUUGUCGAGCGGCCGCAGCGCGCAGCGCUCAAGUGGUGAGGUGCUGGUGCGUACGGAGACGAGCGGCAACGACGGCGUGAGCGGCGAGAUCAGCGUCGAGACCGGUGCAUCCGCGGUCGGAGACAGCGGCGGGAUCACGCUGGCCACGGGGUCGGCGAUGACCGGCGCUGGCGGGGACGUGAACCUGCUGGUGGGAUCUGGCGACACCGAGAACGGCGGAGCUGUGGUGAUAAAAGCUGGCGAGAGCCACGCCGACUCGAAGAAGGGCGGCGGUGUGUUCAUCACAUCUGGCGCCGGCACGAGCGCCCAGGAAGGCUCUGGCGGCGAGCUCGUCAUGAUGGCGGGCAACGCUGAGGGCAGCUCGGCUGGCGACGGAGGCCGAGUUGAAAUCAGAGGUGGCAAGGCCGUUGGUGGCAGGGGUGGCGACGUGGCGGUGUCUGGUGGCAACAGCUACUCGGGCGACGGCGGCGCGCUGAUCCUGCAGGGCGGCUCGUCCGAAACCGGCACCGGCGGCGACUUGAUCCUCGACGCGGGCGAGAGCGGCACCCACGAGGAGUCCAAGGAGGGCAUGAUUCGCAUUGCUCCCACAAGUGCAUCCUACGUCAGGAUUGGCCGCAGCGGAUCCAAGACUGUGCGCACAGAUGUUUUUGGUGAUCUGACUGUGCACGGCAGCUUCGUGUCGACAAACAGCAUGGUGUUCCAGGACACGUACGCAGAGCGCGUGCACGUGAGCCAAGAGCAGGACCUGGUCAUCCAGGAAGAGACGCGUGUGCCAAAGAUCACGGGUCUGGACUCCGAAGAUGCGUCUGCUACCCCCACGAGCACGCUGACUCUUGACGCGGGCCAGGGCGGCAGUGACCAGUGGAUUGAGAUCGGUCCUUGGGAGGCUGAGUACAUCACCAUCGGUGGCAAGAACAACAAUGCCUCCCACGGUGCCCGCGACCAGUCUGCGCUGCUCCUGAGACAGGGCUACGACGAGGCUGACAAGCGCCUGCAGAUGAACCGCACAGGAGCAAUCCUGAUGCAGGCUGCGGCGUCCAUGCCAAUUCUGAUCCACACCAACCCGACGCGCGGUACCAAUAACACCGGCGGCGACAUCAACAUGCUGGUCGGGUCCGGCGACACCGGGCACGGCGGCAACAUGACGCUGACGUCCGGCGACACCGUGGACGCUCGCCACAGAGGAGGCUUCCUGACACUCAUGGCUGGUGGAAACAACAAUACCGUGGGUGGCCGGGGCGGAGUGGUGAAGGUGACCGGCGGUUUUGCUGGUGGCACGACCGACUGCGAUCUGGACUACUACGAGUGCGGCGGCCUGAACGUCACUGUGGCGAUGUACGAGGCUGUGCUGCACGGCUGCACGGCCGACGCUGGCACCGCGGCUUCUUCGGCAUUCCUUUGCGGCACCAUGGAGGUGACCACAGCUCAGCGCACUGCUGUGCUUGGAGGUUGCACUCAGAAAUGCUUGGGUGGCGCUGUCGAGGUGAGCGGCGGUGCGGCACAGGGCGGUGUGGGCGGCGCGGUGGUCGUGACGGGCGGUGCGACGAGCAGCACCGACCCGUACGCUCGCGGCGGUAACGUGGAGGUCCGUGGUGGCACAGCUGCACUUGGCAGCGGUGGCGCAGUUUUGUUGUCGAGCGGCCGCAGCGCGCAGCGCUCAAGUGGUGAGGUGCUGGUGCGUACGGAGACGAGCGGCAACGACGGCGUGAGCGGCGAGAUCAGCGUCGAGACCGGUGCAUCCGCGGUCGGAGACAGCGGCGGGAUCACGCUGGCCACGGGGUCGGCGAUGACCGGCGCUGGCGGGGACGUGAACCUGCUGGUGGGAUCUGGCGACACCGAGAACGGCGGAGCUGUGGUGAUAAAAGCUGGCGAGAGCCACGCCGACUCGAAGAAGGGCGGCGGUGUGUUCAUCACAUCUGGCGCCGGCACGAGCGCCCAGGAAGGCUCUGGCGGCGAGCUCGUCAUGAUGGCGGGCAACGCUGAGGGCAGCUCGGCUGGCGACGGAGGCCGAGUUGAAAUCAGAGGUGGCAAGGCCGUUGGUGGCAGGGGUGGCGACGUGGCGGUGUCUGGUGGCAACAGCUACUCGGGCGACGGCGGCGCGCUGAUCCUGCAGGGCGGCUCGUCCGAAACCGGCACCGGCGGCGACUUGAUCCUCGACGCGGGCGAGAGCGGCACCCACGAGGAGUCCAAGGAGGGCAUGAUUCGCAUUGCUCCCACAAGUGCAUCCUACGUCAGGAUUGGCCGCAGCGGAUCCAAGACUGUGCGCACAGAUGUUUUUGGUGAUCUGACUGUGCACGGCAGCUUCGUGUCGACAAACAGCAUGGUGUUCCAGGACACGUACGCAGAGCGCGUGCACGUGAGCCAAGAGCAGGACCUGGUCAUCCAGGAAGAGACGCGUGUGCCAAAGAUCACGGGUCUGGACUCCGAAGAUGCGUCUGCUACCCCCACGAGCACGCUGACUCUUGACGCGGGCCAGGGCGGCAGUGACCAGUGGAUUGAGAUCGGUCCUUGGGAGGCUGAGUACAUCACCAUCGGUGGCAAGAACAACAAUGCCUCCCACGGUGCCCGCGACCAGUCUGCGCUGCUCCUGAGACAGGGCUACGACGAGGCUGACAAGCGCCUGCAGAUGAACCGCACAGGAGCAAUCCUGAUGCAGGCUGCGGCGUCCAUGCCAAUUCUGAUCCACACCAACCCGACGCGCGGUACCAAUAACACCGGCGGCGACAUCAACAUGCUGGUCGGGUCUGGCGACACCGGGCACGGCGGCAACAUGACGCUGACGUCCGGCGACACCGUGGACGCUCGCCACAGAGGAGGCUUCCUGACACUCAUGGCUGGUGGAAACAACAAUACCGUGGGUGGCCGGGGCGGAGUGGUGAAGGUGACCGGCGGUUUUGCUGGUGGCACGACCGACUGCGAUCUGGACUACUACGAGUGCGGCGGCCUGAACGUCACUGUGGCGAUGUACGAGGCUGUGCUGCACGGCUGCACGACUAAGAACUCCACGCAUUUCCUGUGCAGCUCGCUCGAUGUAUCUUCUGACCAGCGCACUGCUGUGCUUGGAGGUUGCACCCAGAAAUGCUUGGGUGGCGCUGUCGAGGUGAGCGGCGGUCUGUCGUCGGGCGGCGUUGGCGGCGCGGUGGUCGUGACGGGCGGUGCGACGAGCAGCACUGACUCGCAAGGCCGCGGCGGUAAUGUGGAGAUCCGCGGCGGAUCGUCAAGCGCUGGGGAGGGUGGUUCUGUGAUCUUGCUCACCGGCAGAAGUGAUGAUGCAACGAGCGGUGCACUGGUCAUGAGGACCGAAAACAGUGGCACUGCAGGGGCCAGUGGGACAGUCGACAUUGAAACAGGCAAGGCAACUGGCGGCGCUGGGGGUGCAAUCACUGUGACUGUCGGCGAUGGCGACACGGGCACUGGUGGCGCCAUGACGCUGACCGCUGGGAAGACCACUGCGGCAUCGGCAGUUGGUGGUGCUAUGUCACUGACUGCUGGCGAGGGCGCUGGCACCGGCGGCGCCGUGACCAUCACGACAGGUGUCGGCACCGCAACCAACAGCGGCACGAUGACGCUCGCCACUGCUGCUGCAGGCACCAAUGGCAACAGUGGCGCCAUGAGCAUCAAGACCGGUGCUGGUGGUGGCACAACUGGGAACAGUGGCAGCAUUGAGCUUGCCACUGGAGACUCGGCAACAGCUGGUGCGACUGGAGACGUGUCUAUCACCACUGGCGCCGCCACGGGCGGCAACGGCGGCGAUAUCAGCCUGUUGGUGGGCGAGGGCGACACCGGCAACGGCGGCGCCAUGACGCUGACGGCUGGUAAGGCUACCGCGGUCAACGCUUCUGGCGGCGCAGUGGCAAUCACAGCUGGUGCAGCCAAUAACACUGGUGGCGCCGGUGGUGCGAUGUCACUGACUGCAGGCGCGGGCGCUAGCACUGGCGGCGAGGUGACCAUCACGACAGGUGUUGGCACCGCAACCAACAGUGGCGCGAUGACCCUCGCGACUGCUGCUGGAGGCGUAUCUGGCAACAGCGGCAGCGUGAGCAUGAA